AGAGUACCAGCAGGCUGCGCGAACCUCUCCUAUUCUGCAGUCAACAUUCCCCUUUUGCCGUACAGCCCUAACGCCAUGUUUACAGCGUCACCGAGUCCAGGACUAUGCACCGGGAGUCUCUCCCUAGAUGCAAGCUGGGUCAGUGAUGAGGAGAAAACGAAGGAGCGUUCGACUUUUCGCAAAGACGCUUCACCUUCUGCACACGAAACGUUGGUUCAAAAGGAAAACGAAGAGAGCACAUCCGAAGAGGCUGCGUCUGAAAACCGCAGAGGACCAAAGUACCAACAGGUCUCAGAUUGUCCAGAGCAAAGCUGGGUUAAGAGGCCCAAGCUGGAAUUUACUGCUGACCUGGAGAUCGGUGAGAUUUCAACCGGCACCAAGAUCUCGAGCAGCCCAGUUUACUUAGUCUCUCCUGCGCCAUCUGUGCUUGAGGGACCAAUAGACAACAGGGAUGACCACCAGUCUUCCAGUGGAAACUGGAGUGGCAGCAGCUCCACCUGUCCCUCACAGACAUCAGAAACAGUGCCUCCUGCUGCAUCUUCGUCACUUACCAGCUCGUGUCAGAGUGACUCCGAGCUCUCUCUGAUUGGCCCCACCCAUGCCAACGAUGACUCCGCCGACCUCGUUCUCGACCAUUGUCCGGACCCGAGGGCUCAGCGUUCAGGCUCUUUUUCCUCCACUGUCACGGACGUACUGGAAAGCGCCGGUAUUGAAACAGCCGUUGAGCAGGAGUGGAGUAACAGCCAUGUCGGGCAUUCGAGAUCUGAGCGUUUAAGUCCCGACAAGGUGGAAAACAUCCUUGCUUGCUCCAGUUUCACCAGUAUAGUCACAUGCGAGAGCAGCUUAUCUGACAAAACGCCAUCCGAGAAAGCCGACACCGUGUCACACUGCUCUGUGGACACGGAAGGAUAUUACACAUCCAUGCACUUUGACUGCGGCCUAAGGAGAAGCGCGAGCUACGUGUACAGCGACUGCACACCAUCUGGCUCGGAUUUCGUCCUGUCAGAUGUGGGUUACUCCAAGACUUUGGGCCGAAGUUGUCUUUUUUUAAGGAAAUCAAAAAUAAAACCGUACCCGCCGAAGAGGAUUUCAUCGUUGACAACCAUAUGCAAUCUGGAGAACCACCCUGAUGAAAAUGAAGCAAAACAUUUUUUGCCUUUUUUAUCCGCUAAGGAGGAGAAACCUCGGCUGGUUUCAACCAGCACUACAGGUCAGUCGGAAUACUCGUUUUUAUGCAGGGGACCAUCAGCAAUGCGGCAGUGGCUUCUCCCAGAUGAUCCUUUUGAAUCAGCUGUUUUGAGCUUCUCGGGUCAAUUUAAAGACAAGGGUAUCAUGCAAACCAGUGUUUCUCAAAGUGGCUUACAAUUCAGCGAUUCCUCUCAACCCUCGUUGAACUCCAGUGAAGAUAAGACGGUCGAUGAGCAUAUUAGAUACCAGAUGACGUUGGUGUGCCAGUGUGACACCGCUGCUUCACCGUCACCAACAGAUGACGAGUUUAAGGCAAUAUCGCCCACGACGCCGACCACAAUUACAAGCCCGUCCUGCGGUUACUCGAGUGAUUACCCUACCCACACCUCUUCAUUCCCUUUAUCUUUCGCCCCUGCGCCACUGUCACCACCUAAUGGCAAAAGCAAGCCCAAUGUCCCGGAGAGGAUGUCUUCCCUUUCUUCUCAGUCUCUACAGUGGCAGUCCAUCAAGAAAAAAGACAAAACGACCACGAGUGAUGAUGGUAACACGAUUAUGGAAUACAGGAAGGGCAUUGAAAUGAACACUCAAAAUAAACAGAACAUACCAAAUUCUUGUAAAGUAUUCAGCUCAACAGGCAUACCCGUCACUCUUGACUCAGUGAUGCAACGAUCCCUCACUGACAAAUGUGAGAAGGAGAUGCUAACGUGCGCAUCUGCAUCACAUCUACAUUUUGUAUCAUUAGAUGAGCUGGGUAAAGCCCUAGUGUCACCCGUAGAGCGUUUCGGCCAGACAAGGUGUGAGGAGGACGAGCUGGAGAGUUUUGAAAUGUACAGUUUAUUGUCAGAAACAGCAGCGGACAUUGGUGAGGACUCUUUGAGACAGACCGAAGUUACAUGCGAGGAGUCGAAGACAUUGAAAAAACAAGAUGCGUGUUCGACUUCUGCUCCCCUGCUCAGCUCCGACCCC